CGGUGCUCCACGUUCCCGCCACGGUUUCAAAUACCGGUGAAUAUCUACAGGAUGCAGAAGCAAGGAAGACAGAACGUUGCUUUCAUCGGUGACGAUGGCCACGCUACCGAUGAUUUUCAACAUUCGAAUGCAGACAGAAACGAGAAGUUUCAAGAAACCGAUUCCUUCAGCUUCAAUUAUGGGAUCCAGGAUAACAGAAAAUUGCCCCUCUCGUCGUCGCUUCCGGAGGAAAUGUCCGUCACAGAGAAUGAAGCGGAGAGACAAACCUGGGGGAAUGGAUUAGAAUUCUUGAUGUCCUGCAUCGCUAUGUCCAUUGGUCUUGGUAAUGUUUGGAGAUUUCCUUUCACAGCCUACGAAAACGGCGGCGGUGUCUUUCUCAUACCUUACAUCAUCGUCCUGUUCCUCGUUGGUAAACCGUUCUACUACCUGGAAAUGAUUAUGGGACAGUUCUGCAGCAGGUCGUCGGUGAAAAUGUGGGCUGCAGCACCCGGUUUCCGAGGCGUUGGUUGGGCGCAAAUGUUCUCCAUGCUCGCCGUGGGAACGUACUACUGCUCCCUGAUGUCUGUAACCCUUUACUACCUAAUCGCAAGCUUUCAAGCUCACCUUCCUUGGUCCAGUUGCCUCGAAGAAUGGGGAGAUUCUUGCGUGGACUCCGGAGGAUCGUACAACAUCGUCGAACGAAACGGUACCAACAUGAUUAGCUCUGCUGAACUUUACUUUAGGAUAACAGUGUUGAAAGAAAAGCCAAGUAUAGACGACGGUAUAGGACUGCCAGAUUGGAAGCUGACAAUUUGUCUUCUGGUCGCGUGGUGUUGCAUAUUCGGCGUGUUGGCACGUGGAGUGAAGAGCUCGGGGAAAGCGGCCUAUUUCCUCGCGAUCUUUCCUUACAUCAUCAUGAUAAGCCUGCUGGUCAGAGCGGUCACCCUGGACGGUGCCGUAAACGGGAUAAUUUUCUUCAUCAAGCCAAACUGGGAGAAGCUAUUCGAUGCGAACGUCUGGUACGCUGCAGUCACACAGUGUUUCUUUUCACUGUCGGUGUGCUUCGGUGGUGUCGUCAUGUACUCAUCCUACAACGACUUUAGGCACAAUAUAUACAGGUUAUUAGAGAUAAUUGAUACCAACGAUGCACUCACCAGUUUAAUGGCCGGUUUCACCAUUUUUGGCAUCCUCGGGAAUUUAGCUCACGAACUGGGCACCGAGGACAUCAGCAAUGUUGUACGAGGUGGAACCGGUCUUGCUUUCGUCUCUUAUCCGGAUGCAAUUGCGAAGUUUACUGUUCUGCCCCAGCUAUUUUCCGUAUUAUUCUUCUUGAUGCUCUACGUCCUUGGUAUCGGAAGCGCUAUCGCUCUAGCAGGCGCAAUUAUCACCAUUAUUAACGAUCAAUUCCCAAAUUGGAAGCACUUGUAUGUGGUACUUGGCACGGUUACCUUUGGAUUUUGCGUCGGAGUUAUUUAUUGCACACCUGGUGGUCAGUUUAUGCUGGAACUGGUAGAUUACUAUGCAGGCUCUUUCGUAGUAUUCAUAUUGGCUACUUUGGAGAUAACUGGCGUCUUUUGGGUGUACGGGUUGGAAAAUUUCUUGGACGACGUGGAGUAUAUGUUGAAAAGAAGACCAUCCGCUUAUUGGAGGCUCUGUUGGGGUGUUUUCACCCCUCUUCUACUGGCUGUGAUCUUAAUUUAUACUUUAGUCACUCUGAGACCCUUGACUUACAGUGGUAUCUCUUAUCCGGACAGCGCACACGCUGCUGGAUGGACCAUUUGUGCCUUCGGUGUCCUGCAAGUCCCCUUCUGGAUGACCUACACCAUAAUUUCUAAAAGAAACGUAGACCUGUCUGAGAAGAUCAAGUCAGCCUUCAGACCGUCUGCCGACUGGGGACCAAGAAAUUCCAGGGAGCUGGCCUCCUGGCGCGAAUUUAAAGAGACCAGGAGAAAAAUCCGGGAGAAACGAGACUGCUCCAGGAUGAAACAGUUCGUUUACGUAUUACUCUCUUGGGAGGAUAAACUCGUGUGA